UUGGCUACAUGAAGCGAGCGGACACUACCGUGAUGACGUCACGGCCAGGAAGCGGUUCUGUGUUAGGAGUGAGACACGAAAACAGGCAACUUUUUUAAGUCGGUGCUGCAUUUCUUCACAAUGCCUGCAAGAAAUCCAGGAAUUGACCUAGACCUUGACUGGGUGUCCAAGGUCCGUGUAAACCAGCAGGCAGUGCUGAGACGCGCGCAGCAGAUCCAGGCGCGCAAACAGGGCAAGAAGCAGUGGCAGGCUGCCUGGCUUCUCAAGGCGGUGACGUGCAUUGACCUGACCACGCUGGCUGGCGACGACACGCCCUCAAAUGUGCACCGGCUGUGCAUGAAGGCGAUGCAGCCAAUCCGGCAUGACCUGCUGGAGAAUAUGGACAUGCAUGACAAAGGUAUCACCACGGCUGCAGUGUGUGUCUACCCAGCCCGCGUGGCAGAUGCUGUGAAAUCGCUGAAUGCUGCUAAUUCCCGCAUCCCAGUGGCGUCCGUGGCCACCGGCUUUCCCGCUGGCCAAACGGCCCUGAAGACGCGGCUGGAGGAGGUGCGCAUGGCUGUGGAGGAUGGGGCCCAGGAAAUCGACAUUGUCAUUAAUCGCUCACUGGCCCUCACUGGGCAGUGGCAAGCUCUGUACCAGGAGAUCCACCAGUUCAGAGAGGCAUGCGGGGCAGCCCACAUGAAGACCAUCCUGGCUGUGGGCGAACUUGGCACCUUCACAAACGUCUACAAGGCUAGUGUGGUCGCUAUGAUGGCAGGAUCUGACUUCAUUAAGACUUCAACUGGCAAGGAGUCCGUCAAUGCAACCUAUCCGGUUGCCGUAGUGAUGGUGAGGGCCAUCCGUGAUUACUUCCUAAGGACAGGCCAUAAGGUGGGCUUCAAGCCAGCCGGGGUCCGCACUUCCAAAGACUCACUGGUGUGGUUGACCUUGAUGAAGGAGGAGCUGGGCGAUGAGUGGCUGUGCCCCGCCCUGUUCCGUCUGGGAGCCAGCACCCUAUUGGCUGACAUCGAGAGACAGAUUUACCACUAUGUGACUGGCCGAUACGCAGCCCCUUAUGAGCUCCCCCUGGCCUGACCAAUCAGCUGCAACCUCGCUCUCCCAAUAUUUCUCUACGCUAUGCAAUGAUUGGUGGAGCACCCGGUUAUGUGUACUGGAGCCAGGUUCCUUGAGGAUGUGAGUGUGGAAUGGGUGCAAACUCUCAUGUUUUUCUAACUUGAGGUUAUAUAUUUUGAUUGUAAACUAUGCCUUCAGAAGGUAGUUUGAAUAUAUGUUUAAUGACUUAAUACUACCUGUACACGGAACACAAAUGAUCUUAUAACUUUUAUCACGUAUUAAAUUUGUACAUUAAAACAGUAUUAUUCCUGAUUCCAGUAGCAUCCACAGUCUUCAAGACUAGAUGUGAAAAUAAGUAACAGUUGUAUAGUUUUCCGUGGUUUCAUGUUAGUUUUCAAAAAUGUUUACAAACUGAUCUCACUGAACCUUUGUCAAGCCUUAACUCUUAAGUCAAUAGGAGUCCAUCACAUCUUAUCUGUAAUUUGAACGGCAACUGGUGACUGUGAAGGAUUUGAUGCUGUUCCACCUUUCUCAGCCUUACACACGAUGGCAGUUUUUGAAUGAAUGUUACUGGACUUCACUGAAGGUCCAGUCAUCACAAUAAAUUGCCCUUGGCUGAUUUGAGCCAAGAUCAGA